AUGAAUACUGUGAAGGAUAAAGAGGCAAGCAUCGCAGAAAAGAAAGGCUUGAUGUAUGUCAAGGCCUUUAUCAAUAGAAAACCCAUCAUAGCUAUGAUCGACACUGGUGCUACACAUAACUUCAUCACGCCUGAUGAAGCAAGUAUGCUUGGGUUGAAGAUCACCGAAAAGAACGGUUGGUUCAAACCCGUGAAUACCAAGGGUGAACCUCUUAAGGGAGUAGCAAAAGGGGUUGAGAUGACUCUUGGUUCUUGGAAGGGCCUUGUGGAUUUCUCAGUAGCACCCAUGGACAAUUUUAAAAUAGUCAUCGGACUUGAUUUGCAAAGGAAGGCAAAUAUAAUACCUAUGCCAUACUACGAUGUAGUAUGCGUCAUGGAGAAAGGAUCUCCGUGCAUGGUCCCUACAAUCUCUAAAGUUGGAGGACCACCGAUACUCUCUGCUAUGCAACUCAAGAAAGGGAUCAAGAAAGGAGAGAUUACAUACUUGGCUCUAUUACAAGAGGAGUCAACAUCUGAAAGAGAAGACGUUCCUCCCAAAAUCAAGGAAGUCCUUGAAGAAAAUAAAGAUGUGAUGCCUCCCGAGUUGCCAAAACAACUUCCACCUAGGAGGAAGGUGGACCACAAGAUUGAAUUGGAGUCAGGGGCAAAGCCACCUGCCUCAACACCUUAUAGGAUGGCACCGCCAGAACUUGAGGAGUUGAAGAAGCAACUCAAGGAUUUGCUAGAUGUUGGAUUCAUUCGUCCAUCGAAGGCACCUUAUGGCGCACCAGUCUUGUUUCAAAAGAAGCAUGAUGGUUCGUUGAGACUAUGCAUCGACUAUCGAGCACUUAACAAGGUAACCAUCAAGAACAAAUACCCUAUUCCUUUGAUAGCCGAUUUGUUUGAUCAACUUGGUAGAGCCAAGUGGUUCUCAAAAUUGGAUUUGAGGUCAGGAUAUCACCAAGUGGUUCUCAAAACUGAUGGUGAUGAGCCUAAGACCACGUGUGUCACGAGGUAUGGAUCGUAUGAGUGGUUGGUGAUGCCUUUUGGCUUGAUCAAUGCUCCUGCGACCUUCUGUACCUUGAUGAACGAGAUAUUUCGACCUUACCUUGAUCGGUUUGUAGUGAUCUACUUGAAUGACAUUGUUGUCUAUAGCAAUACUUUGGAGGAACAUGUAGAACACUUACGAACCGUGUUCAAGAUCUUGCGAGAGAAUAACCUAUAUGUGAAAAAGGAAAAGUGUUCUUUUGCAAGAGAUGAAGUCCACUUCUUGGGACACAUCAUUAAAGGUGGAACUCUCUGCAUGGAUCAAGGAAAGGUGAAGGCUAUCAAAGAGUGGGAGCCGCUAAACAAGGUAUUUGAAUUGAGGUCAUUCCUUCGGUUGGCUAAUUACUAUCGGAGGUUUAUGAAGGGAUACUCUGCCAAGGCUGCACCAUUAACUGAUCUUCUCAAGAAGAAUCACUCUUGGGAUUGGUCAAAGGAGUAUCAAAAGGCCUUUGAUGAGUUGAAGGCUGCUAUCACAGAAGGACCAGUACUAGCAUUACAUGACUACUCAAAGGUAUUUGAAGUCCACACUGAUGCUUCUGACUACGCUAUUGGAGGGAUUCUGAUGCAAGAAGGACAUCCGAUCUCCUUUAAGAGUCACAAGUUGAAUGAUACAGAGAGGCGAUACACCGUCCAAGAGAAGGAGAUGAUCGCGGUAGUGUAUUGUCUGAGAACUUGGCAUCACUACUUGCUUAGUUCACACUUCAUCGUCAAGACAGACAAUGUAGCUACAAGCUACUUCCAAACUCAGAAGAAGUUAAGCCCCAAACAAACUAGGUGGCGAGAUUUCUUAGCUGAGUUUGAUUUCGAAUUUGAAUACAAGUCAGGCAAGACUAAUGUGGUAGCAGAUGCGCUGAGUCGCAAGGUUGAGUUGGUGACAAUUUCUAUGGUUAAAGGAGAUAUUGUGCAUACCAUCAAGGAAGGGUUGCAUCACGAUCCAUUAGCGAAGAAGUUGGUGGAGUUGGCUAGAGAAGUGGAUCGAUUUUUGAAGUAUGCCACCUUUAUACCCGCCCCUACUGACUGCACUGCAGAGGAGGCAUCACAACUAUUCUUCAAGAAUGUGGUGAAAUACUGGGGAUUGCCUAAGAGCAUCAUUAGUGAUCGAGAUCCACGCUUCACAGGACGACUAUGGACAGAGCUGUUCAAACUCCUUAGGUCGGAGCUUCAUUUCUCAACAAGCUUGCAUCCACAAAUCGAUGGGCAGACUGAGAGAGUAAAUGCCUUACUUGAGUGUUACUUGAGGCAUUUUGUAAGCACUAAUCAGAAAGAUUGGACAAAACUCCUCGACAUUGCUCAAUUCUCAUAUAAUUUGCAAAGGAGUGAGUCUACAGGGAAGAGUCCAUUCGAGAUUGUGACUGGACAACAGCCACUUACACCUCACACUCUUUCUUCCUCUUACUCAAGGAAGAGCCCUGGAGCUUAUCAUAUGAUUAAGUCAUGGGAAGAACAAGCAGAUGUCACUCGGUCUUACCACGACAAAGCUGCAAAGAGGAUAAAAAAUGGGCAGAUAAGAAGAGGAAUCAUGCAAGAUAUCAAGUGGGAGACAAGGUAA